GGAGGAGUAUUAAAGGUCUGUCCAUCAGUGUGAACACACACACUCUUUCUUUCUUACACACACACACACUCACUCACCAUGAAGCUGAAGCUGAAGCUGCCGAACCCGGGUCUGGAGCAGCGGAUCCCGUCUCACAGUGAGCUGGAGAAGCUGGAGCUGGAGGAGGCUGGAGAGCGGCCGCAGUGGGACAACAAAGCCCAGUACAUGCUCACCUGUGUGGGCUUCUGUGUGGGGCUCGGGAACGUCUGGAGGUUCCCUUAUCUGUGCCAGAGUCACGGAGGAGGAGCGUUUAUGAUCCCGUUCCUCAUCCUGCUGGUUCUGGAGGGCGUCCCGCUGCUGCAUCUGGAGUUCGCCAUCGGACAGAGACUGAGGAGCGGCAGCGUCGGGGUCUGGAGGUCCAUCAGCCCCUAUCUGACAGGAGUCGGUAUCGCCUCUAUGCUGGCCUCCUUCAUCGUGGGCAUGUAUUAUAACACCAUCAUGGCGUGGGUGAUGUGGUACCUGUUCAACUCUCUGCAGGAGCCGCUGCCCUGGAGCCAGUGCCCCGUCAACCACAACCGCACAGGUCUGGUGUCGGAGUGUGAGCGCAGUUCUCCGGUGGAUUACUUCUGGUACCGGGAGACUCUGAACACAUCGGCUGCUAUCGAGGACUCUGGCGCUCUGCAGUGGUGGCUGGUGCUCUGCCUGCUCUGCGCCUGGACCUUCCUCUACAUCUGCUGCAUCAGGGGCAUCGAGACCACCGGCAAGGCAGUGUACAUCACCUCCACCCUGCCCUAUGUAGUGCUCACUAUCUUCCUGAUCAGAGCUCUGACUCUUAAAGGCUCAGUGAACGGGAUCAAGUUCCUCUUCACUCCAGAUGUGAAUGAGCUGAUGAACCCCUCCACCUGGCUGGAUGCAGGAGCUCAGGUGCUCUUCUCCUUCUCUCUGGCGUUCGGAGGGCUGAUCUCCUUCUCCAGCUACAACUCAGUGCACAAUAACUGUGAGCAGGACGCCGUCACCAUCUCGAUCAUCAACGGGCUGACGUCAGUGUACUCCGCCACUGUCAUUUACUCCAUCAUCGGCUUCAGAGCCACAGAGAACUAUGACAUAUGUGUGGACAGUAAUAUUCUGUCUCUGCUGAACGCGUUUGACCUGCCGGAGGGAAGCAUCACGGAGAAUAACUACACUGAGGCUCUUCAUCAACUCAACAUCAGCAGACCAGACAUCAUCCAGGAGCUGCAGCUCAAAACCUGCGACAUUCAGACGCUGCUCAGUGAGGGUGUUGAGGGGACGGGUCUGGCGUUUAUCGUCUUCACGGAGGCCAUCACUAAGAUGCCAGUGUCUCCUCUGUGGUCGGUGCUGUUCUUCAUCAUGCUCUUCUGCCUCGGUUUAUCCACCAUGUUCGGGAAUAUUGAGGGUGUUGUGGUGCCGCUGCAGGAUCUGAACCUGCUGCCCAAGAGAUGGCCUAAAGAAGUGUUCACUGGUCUUACAUGUGUGUUGUCCUUCCUGACGGCGCUGGUGUUUGUUCAGUCCUCUGGUAAUUACUGGUUAGCUCUGUUUGAUGGAUUUGCCGGCUCCAUUCCUCUGCUGGUCAUCGCUCUCUGUGAGAUGAUCGCUGUAGUUUACGUCUAUGGGAUUGACAGGUUUAAUGAGGAUAUUAAGUUCAUGGUGGGACACAAACCCAACAUUUUCUGGCAGGUCACGUGGCGGUUCCUCAGUCCCGUCAUCAUCCUGGUCAUUCUGGUUUUCUACUUCAUCACUACAGUCAGCAAACAGCUGACCUACAACGUCUGGGACCCUCAAUCGGCUGAUUUCCCGACUCUUAAAGAGGUGGAUUAUCCCAACUGGAUCAGCGCGGUGAUCUUCGUUCUGGCCGGCGUUCCCAGUCUCUGCAUCCCCGGAGUGGCCAUCGUCCGAGCGCUCUGGAGGUGCUGUUCCAGAAGAAAUCACAAGAGCAUUUCAGAAAAACAGCAAAUGAGUGUCAACACAAUAGCAUAAAUACAGUGCGGAUCUCCAAUUUUUUAUUUACAAUAUUUAAUAACACUGUUUGGACACUUAUUUGACUCCUGCACUCGCCUUUCUGUCAUGUAUAUUAUGUACAAUCAAUAAUGUUUGUUAUUCCAAGUCUGAAGUUAUUUAUAUGUGCAACUUAGCUUUCAUGUUAGGUUUGCAACACAGGCUCAUUCUGAAAUCGUAGCUACUAUAUACUUUUCUGGAGAGGUACGUAUGACUGCAUUUCGUCUUUAAAAUGAACGCUACGGGGCGGUAUGAUGCUGUUCAUAUUAACACUUACCAGCUGACCGCUUACCUCCGUAUGGACGGCUUUCCUGCUGUU